AGCUGUGAAGUCAGUUCAACUCAAGGCAGAUCUCAAAGUGGUUGUUCAGUGGCUGUCACUGUGCACACUGCGUUACAGCUAGGUUCUGAUCAUGGAGCCUUUCAGCGCAAGUGCGGUAUUCGCCAGCAUAGGUAGCGCUUUCAAGUUCGCAGAUUUAGCAGUCCGGAUCGCCGAAGUCGGAAGCGAGAAUGAGGUCUUCGUGCGGACUAUCCACGUAGUCCGAGAAGACCUCAACGAGGUGAACCGACUUUUGAGCACCGAAUCGAUACAAAGGAAGCUCGCAAGCAUCCCCGGAAAACUGCCUUGGAUUAAAGGCGCGGUUACCAACACGAAAACUGCCUUGAACGAUAUUGGCCAAGCGGUUGAGCGUGCCCGUGCUGAGAAGCAGGCAACAGGGUCUAUCAGAUUUGAGACUCGUGUUCGGUGGGUAUUCAACGAUCAUGAGAAGAUCAUAAAUCGGACGAGCGAGUUAUCGAUAUGCCACCAGCAGUUGUCAAACGUUCUAGGCUACUUGAUUCGCCUGGAGGACGUACCUGACCGCGUGGAACCGCCAGCUUAUCAAGACAUCACUUACUUCGACGAUGUUGUAACGCGGCACCGUGGAAGGGGUGCUUUGGCAUCGCCAGAACACAGAAUGCUUAGCCAAAGACUAUUAAAUCCUGUCGAACCCCCCAAGAAUAUGAAGCCCGAAUGCAACGUUGGCAUCGGUGUAGACAUCGAACACAUGUCAGUAUUGCAUAAUCCCCAGCAAACUGCAUCGGCAGACGUACCCUUCAGUCGUCAAGAGUACAUGCGUACAUCCUCGUACUCCGUAUCAUCUCAGACGAUUUCGACUCCCUGCAGCCCGGCCCCAACUUACACUUCCGUUGCGCAAGUCGAUUCGAUGGUAUCGCACCACUCAUUCGGGCAUGACCAGUGGACUGGUUUAGAAGCUCUCGAUCUGGAGGCAGGUGAUCCGACAUCACAAGUAGAUACAACCCCCACGUGCUACUCUUCAAAACUGCAACUGCCACCGUCAAAAACCGAAGAAAUGAAGGAGCGGGCCCGUUGGUAUUCUCAAAGCGAAUUUUCGUCACCAGAAUUGGAAGGAGACAUUUUAUGUCUCACUGCUACGAACUUGCAAGGGCCAGUCAACCCUUUCGAAUUUGAUCCUGAUCCACAACCUCUACUUGUUCCUAUCGUACCUAAACUGGAAGAUACCAAAAGGUUAUUUGAGUUGCCGGGAAACCCCCUCGUUCCUGUUGAACCACCUACCAUCAAUGAUAGACUCCCGCUGGUCUGUCUUUCAAAAGAAGAACACGACUUGACAUAUGGCACAAAAAGAAGUACAGCAAUAGGUGGAUAUAUCGGUUCGACACAUGCAGGGACCAUUUCCAAGUCAACCAUAGUUCCAGCACGUACACGAGUGUUCACUAAUGCGGCUAUGGAUUGUACAAUCCCGUGCAACGAGCUGUCAUCGGAAUCUCCUGCACUCGACGUGAACGACCAAGAUUUAAAAGAAAAAGCAACCUCUAACGCACCUAAGCAUGGUACCUCCACUUUAGGGCUUGCCUCAUGGUCUAACACGCCUCCCAAAACCCCAUGUCCUCUUCCGCAUGGUCCGAAUGAUACCUCGAAUACGUUAAAUCCGUCUGUUCCACCGCCAAAAACUGUCACGCAGUGCCACUUGCAGUUUUGUUCUCCUGAGCAAUCAGGACAAUUCUUGUCGCUCUCGCAGAGCGUAGCCAAUCUGAACCAACAGUCGCAGUAUUCUAAGCCGCAGGAUCCAGCCAUAAUUACGCGCAUGCGGAGCCAGAAGCAAAUGAUAGCCCUUCUCGAAAGCAUCGAGACUUGAUUGUACACCAUUACUGCUGUUCCUGCGUAUCUAUGUUCGGUUGACAUACAUCUGCCCUAAACUAUGUAUACACGAAUAGAAGCGUUACGCUUAGUUAUUAAGACUAAAGUCUCCUUUCUCAGAUCCCUUCUCCCACGAGUUCGUGUGUCAAGCUCACAUGCACAGCCUUUAAGAAUGGAACAGGGUUUGUCGUGGCGGCGAAGACCGCUGUAAUGUACUGGGAGCCACGGUGAACGGUAACAUAAGGCUAACGGGUCGAUUCAAUACUGCGCUGAUUUGCUAUCCAGCAAAAGGGGACGAUGUGUACCUGAGCUGAAAUCGACUAGACCAGAGUGGUCCUGUUGUGUACCAUCAAGUUACUGAUGUUCAGCUUCUCAAUCAACUAAUACCGUAACGUUUCUCAGGGCCUUAAAGAU